AUGAGCGGCGAGACCUGCACCGGCGGGAGCAUCCUGGCGGCGGUGGAACGGAAGCCGGAAUUUAGCAGAAAAACUAAAAAGAAAGAAGGUGUUGCCAAGCUUGCUCAGAGAACUUUCUCCAGUGUGUUCACUGACCUUGAGCAGACGCAGACUGAAGAAUUUAAAGGAGCUUUCACAUUAAUUGAUCAUAACAGGGAUGGAUUCAUAGACAAAGAAUACUUGAAGGAUACAUACGCUUCUCUGGGUGAAACAAAUGUAAAAGAUGAGGAGCUAGAAUCCAUACUUAAGGAAGCCUCUGGAUCCAUUAAUUUCACAAUGUUUUUAAAUCUAUUUGGGGAAAAGCUAAGUGGUACUGAUCCCAAAGAAACUUUAUUAACUGCAUUUAAAAUUUUUGAUCCUGAGGGCAAAGGACACAUUAACAAAGACUAUACAUUCGUUUUUAGGAUUGCUUUCUGUACCAACAACUCUGAGACACAGAUGUUUCAGCCUUCCACUAUUGAUGCAGCAGGCAAUUUGGACUACAAAUUGUUAUGCUACACCAUCACACAUGGAGAAGAAAAGGAAGGGUAAAUGGCACCAAAUA